AUGUCGUUUCCUCCACAAAAUCUUAAAAAUUUUCAAGGUUUUGGAAAUUCUAUGAAUCAUCUGAAUUAUGCCCCUCGAGGUCCAUAUCAACCACUUCCAGCCGAAUAUUGGCAAAACAUGAGCCAUCCGUAUUUCACGUCGUCGGUUGUUCAUGGAUAUGGUACCCCGCACACAACUAGUAUGUCUUUCACUCCUUCGAUGUCGAAUGAACCUGCAACUCUGACUUUUGUCCCGGAGACUCAACUUUAUGACCAUGAAUCCCCAAUUGAGUUGGUUAAUUUAGAAAAGGCGGUUUCAAAUGGUGAGGGUACAAGAAAGCGUUCAAGUUGGACAAAGGUUGAAGACGAAGUCUUAGCGAGAAAUUUUGUCACUAUCAGUGAUGAUCCAAUAAUCGGCAAUGAUCAAAAGGCGGAUGCUUUUUGGGGACGGGUUGAAAGCUACUACAAUGAGAAUCUUCCCCUAGGUUCAAAAACCAGAAGUGCAAAUGUUAUACGGUCACAUUGGCACAAUACAAUCCAAAAGAAGAGAAUUGUCAAAGACCGUUCAAUGUUUACUCCACAGUCCGCUGAUCACUUUGUGGCGACAAAGAAGACAAGGACCUCAGAGUCGGGAGCAAGCAACACCUCCUCCAACCAAGAUGCAGCAAAAAGAAAGGGAAAAGACAAAGUAAAAUCGACCAUGGAAGAUCUGACAGUAAACUACAAUAAUACUAUCACAAAGUUCACUGAGUAUACAAGCGUGAAGAAGUCCGAAGUCUAUUUGAAACAAAAACAACUCGAAGUAGAGGAGAUUAAGGCAAAAGCUGCAUUGUCCAAAUCUGAAGCUAAGAAUCGUCGCUUGAAGUUGAAGGAGUACGAAAUAUUGAACAAAGACACCUCACAGAUGACAAAGGAGCAGCUUAUCAUACAUGAAUGUCUAUGCAAGGAUAUUAGGUCAAGAUGGAAUAUCUAA